UCACCGUUAGCUAUAGCAAGAUUUUAUGUUAGUUUUAGUCCGGAAAGUUUCAAGGAGUAUUACGUUGGGUUUCUCUUGGGAUUUUCUCUGACAAAGAUUUACAGAGCGAUGUGUGAGCUGUCUUCCCUUGUCCGGGGCCUCCAAGCAAAAAGCUACUAGUAUUCGAUCUCUCUUUGCUUUCUCAGUCGGUGUUAGUUUUUGCUGCAUUUGCCACACACACACACACACACACACACACACACACACAGACACAGAGAGGAUCUUGUUUACCAUACGAUCGAGUAGUAUAUAUAUGGUGGCUAUGGAGUUCAUGAGGCAGAUGAUAGCUGCUUUUCUAACGCUUUCAAUGUUCGUGAUGCUCGGAAACAUGAUCAAACGAGACCAUUUUGAUUCAGUUCAAAUAAACCACCCAGCAACGUCAAAUGUUCAUUACAAAGCCAUCAAAGUUUCAAAGCAAAGUGUUGUUACAAUUCCUAGUGGUGGUGGUGGUGGUGGUGCAACUAAAGGGCUUUGGAAAGAAGAUGGAGAAGCACUCAAACCUUGCUGGAACAACCCAUCACCUAAAGAUGGAGAGCAUUCAAAAGGCUUUAUCCUUGUGUCGUUGACUGAUGGCCCUGAAUAUCAUGUCUCGCAGAUUGCAAAUGCAGUUGUGGUAGCUAGAUAUCUUGGAGCAACUCUUGUGCUCCCUCACAUCAGAGGAACCAUACCAGGUGAAAUGAGGAACUUCGGAGGAAUUUAUGAUGUGAAGAAAUUUGUUAAAAGCUUGGAUGGCAUUAUCAAAAUAGCAAAGCAUCGGCCUGAUGAAGUAUUGAUCGAUAAUGUGACCAUAGCGGAAGUCCCUACCAGGGUUUCAGAAGCCUAUAUUGCUACAUACAUCGAACCAUUAUUCAAGAUGAAUGGAAAUUUGAGGCUAGAAACUAAGUUCCCUCCCUUAUCUAUGACAAAUGAAAAGGAGUUUUACUACUUGGAUUCAUUAUCCUGUUUGGCAAUGUUUGGGACUCUUGAGUUGCAACCAGCGUUGAAGGAAGUCAUUGACUUAAUGGUAGAAAGGCUAAGAGCUUUGAGCCACAGAUCAGAUGGGCAGUUUAUAGCAGCGGACCUCAGGGUUGAGAUGUUGGAAAAGAGGGAAUGUCAAGAAAGUGGAGAUGGUGGAACAAAAUGGUGUUACAAUGCCAAGGCGAUUGGGGAUUUUCUUAGGAAGAUUGGUUUCCAUAGGAACACCACAAUCUAUUUGACUCAAUCUAAAUGGCAUAGUAUGCUUGACCCGUUAAGAAAUUUCUACCCCAAAACAUAUACCAAGGAUGACAUAAUGCCAGCAGACAAAAAGGCAAAGUUCCUCAAUGCAAAUAGUCCGGAAUUCACAAAGAUCAUCGACUUCCACGUAUGUACUCAGAGUGAUGUGUUCCUGCCUUCCAUUUCUGGCCAGUUUUACACGAAUGUGGUGGGAAGGAGAAUAGCUUCUGGCAAUAGUCAGAUUCUAGUUCCUACCAAAUCAACUUAUUCAUCAUCUCCCGGAGCUUACAUUUCCCCUUACAUAUCUAGAAAGAGCCAUUCGGCUUUUUCAUGCUUCUGCUAACACUUGCUUUAGGAAAAGAAAGCACUUCGGAGAAAGCAAAAGUCAUGCCUGUUUCAUAAUUGUAAACCCGUCCAUCUUUAUAUCAGUUACUUCAUACGUUUAGUGUAGUAACCAGUUGUACUCCUAAUAAUACAACUCAUGUUUAUACUAUCAUGUAUUAAUGCUUUUGUUCGUGUUUGCUUCUUCUCAGCAUUCAAUGCUAAAGAUAAGUUGAUCAAUCUUGUUCACCAGCCAUUGGGACAUCACAAUGCUAACAAACAAUUUCCUGG